GGCUGACUCGAUCCCAGUCUCAGUCCUGGUCACAGGCCGUCUAGGUCCCCAUGAGCUCUCGGUCUGCGCGUUCUCUUUCAUGCUGGCUAUGGCGGGCUGGUGUGUUGCCCUCGGGGGCACCACUGCUCUAGAUACCCUCGGGUCGCAGGCUUUCACAGGCAGCGAUCGUUCAUUUGUCUCAGUACACUUCCAGCGCUGCCUGGUCCUGCUCUGGCUACUGUUCAUACCAGUGAUGUUCCUAUGGGCAUACAUGGAGCCCGUCCUCCUGGUGCUCGGGCAGGAAGCCCGACUGAGCCACGACGUGCAGACGUUCCUGCGCAUCUUGAUCGCUGGCGCUCCCGGAUACAUCGGAUUCGAGAGUCUCAGAAAGUACCUGCAAUGCCAAGGCAUCAUGCGGGCGUCGACCUACGUGCUCAUCGCGGUAUCUCCGAUCAACCUGCUGCUGAACAUCUACCUUGCGCAUUACACCCCGCUUGGGCUCCUUGGGUCACCAGUCGCCAUCUCCAUGACCUUUUGGCUGUGCUUCGGGCUUUCAUAGCUUACAUGUGAAUUUCCCCGACGCAUCGCGAAAACGGGACCUGGACAAGCGUUGAGAUGUCCACCGUCCUCGACUUCAAGAGUUGCAUACAAUUCUUGAAUUUGGCGAUCCCUGGAAUAUUCAUGGUCGGCACGGAAUGGUGGGUUUCGUUUGCAUGAACACUGGCGCGUACUGACUUUGAUUUCCCCAUGGCCGCUUUUGAGAUCGUCGCUCUCGCUGCAGGCAGAUUAGGUGCCCUGCCGCUCGCAGCACAGUCCGCUAUCAUGACCGCCGAUCAAAGUGAGCAUCUUCCCUCGCCUGGCAAACAGUCCGACUAAUCGAGCGGCUCAGUCCUGAACACCA